UGCUGAGCGGACGUCAACGCGUCACAAGCCCGCCGCGUUCGUCGUUCGUCAUUUGAAUUUAGAACUUUCAUUCUUCAAGUGUUUUUUUUUAACAAGUGUUUUGUGCCGUCUGGAUUUGGAACGAACGUUGUUUAUGGACCUAUGUUUUGAUCUGUAACAAUGAUGGGUGUCAGUUGUAUGAGCGUACGGCAGGCUAGGGGCGCUUGCCACUGCCCCGCGUGCCCUAGGGCUUCGCAUUUGCCCCCGCAGACUUUAGUACUGCCCCCGAUGGCGUUGGAGCCUGAAACCACCCCCGUUAAGGACAAAAAGGGGGGCAAGAUGAAGGUGCUAAAGAAAAUUAAGAAGAAGAUUGGAUUAGCGCCCCGCACCUCCUGCACCGGUGGCGCCCCCAACAACCUGCCCCCGCUGGGCUUCCACAGCGUCCACGGAGAGAACAUCAGGAUAUCCAGAGACGGAUCUGUUGCACGACGAGUCGAGAGCUUCUGCAAGGGCGUCGCGUUCAGCGCGAGGCCCGUGAGGGUCAAUGAGAAGGUCUGCCUCCGCUUCGUAGAGAUCUCCAACAGCUGGAGCGGUGUCAUCCGCUUCGGCUUCACCACCCACGACCCCACGACUUUAUCCCACUCUCUCCCUAAAUACGCCUGCCCGGAUCUCACCAACAAGCCUGGCAACUGGGCCAAGGCUUUGGGCGAGAGAUUUUGCGAAAAAGACAACAUUUUAUACUACUACGUGAAUUCUGCUGGAGAUGUACACUUCGGAGUCAAUGGAGAAGAUAAAGGAUUAUUCUUCACUGGAGUAGACACUCGAUCACCCCUCUGGGCAUUAGUAGAUGUAUACGGAAACUGUACAGCAGUCCAAUUUGCUGACCCUAGAGUCCCCAACCAAGUUAGAAGACCGAAUCAAAGUCCUGUAGAAGAAGAUAGACUUAUAUCUUCAAUGCGAUCGCUGUCUGUCGAGGAACCACUGCCUCAGCCUAGAUAUCAGAACCCAUUAGUGCCUUUAAGUCUACACAGGACUAAAGGGAGGAACGUACAGUUUAUAAACGACAGAGGAGUUGCAGCCAGAAUCGAGGCUGAAUUCUGCCAAGGAUAUGUCUUCACAGCGCGUCCUAUGCGUCCAGGGCAAACUAUUGUCGUCCAAAUCUUAUCUACAGAAACUGCCUACGCUGGUAGUUUAGCUAUCGGUCUAACCUCCUGCGAUCCAGCUACGUUAAGACCUUGCGAUCUGCCUGACGAUGCUGAGCAAUUAUUAGACCGACCUGAAUACUGGGUUGUGCGUAGAGACGCUGCUAACGGAUUACGCAGAGGCGAUGAGCUCGCUGUGACUUUGACCUUAGAUGGUGAAGUUAGGGUCAGCAGGAAUGGAUCAAACCCUAUAACAGUGAUGCAUGUGGAUCAUACAUUAAGGUUAUGGGCAUUCGUGGAUAUAUACGGGGCGACGCAGAAAGUGAGGAUGUUGAGUUCGCAGACGGCUCAAACGCCGCCGCAGCAGUUGAGGGUGCUGGCGGGCUCAGCGCAGCCAAUACAGACUGGUGCUGGUGGGACUGUGCUGGUGGUGAGCUUGCCACCUCAGAAUGGUGCUCAGAACGCGGCUAAUCAGCAGAUGACGUUAGCCAGCGCGCAUUAUAUUGAGCCAAUCCAGUCAUCGCAACUGUGCCUCUCCAGCCUCACCCCCAUGUCACCCCCCGCGUGCUCCCCCGCGCCGCCCUACCCGCGCCGCGCCGCCCCCGACUCUUGCUCCUCCACUCAGAACAGCUGUAACGAACUCGUUAAUAUACAACCUGAACGCGCUGAUCGACCUUCAACGUCGAGGCAACCGAGCCACCACCAACCGAUAUACUCCGUCAUCGGCGAAGGACAAAACCUCACCGGUACAGAAUGCACGAUCUGCUACGAGAAUCCGAUAGAUUCUGUCCUAUACAUGUGCGGACAUAUGUGCAUGUGCUACAGAUGUGCCGUUCAGCAAUGGCGGGGCAAAGGCGGCGGUCAGUGCCCGCUCUGUAGAGCCCAGAUCAAAGACGUCAUCCGUACGUAUAAGUCCUGAUUCGACUUUAGAUGUUGCCAGUUGAAAAAAAUGUUAUUUUUUUUAACUGACGUUAGUACUUAUUCGGUUUAGAGAUUGCCAAAUAUCACGACGUUAUUUAUUUUGACAUUUGCGUUUGACGGCUCGAGCUGUCAGUUUUAGUUAAGGCACUGACACUUAGUAUAGUAUGACUUGACGUUGCACCUUAUUUCGUCCACUAAAAUUUUACAUUUCUUCGAAAUGCGUUUUUGGAGUUCUGUUGUACUAUUUGGACUUAUGAUAUAUGACAAAAAUAUUUAUGAUAAUGGAAUAGCUAAUAUAUAAACCUAAAAUGUAACUAUUGGUAUAUUAGUUGCUUAAUACGGUCAAAAUUAUUAUUUCGAUUGAUUUUGUUUUAUGAUUAUGAAAAAAAUAAUGUACAAAAAGUACUGGCAGUAUGAAAAGAAAAAACAUUUUUACUGCCAGUAUUUUUUAAAUUACCGACAGACUUUUCUCAAUACUGGCAACUCAAAAAACUAACUGUCAAAUCGACAAGAUCAAAUAUAAUGUUCCUUCCAAUUAUGAAUGAUUUGUUUUUAAAGUUUGUGUUGCCAGUGUGGAAAGAUUAUUGUUUAUUGACUGUCAAAUGUAGACUUUAAAAAAAAGGGAACUUGAAUGUAGCUAAUUCAAAUCAAUAUUUAGUAGUGUUAUGUAUGGAAUAACGAUUCACAUGUAAUUUCUAUGUAUUUAAAUUAGGAAAAAAUAUUUAAAAAAAAAACAAUAAUUGAUAAUCAUGGUAUAGAAAAAUAAUUUUAAAUGCACAAAUAGUUAUUCCUAAUAGACAGGUUUUGACACAACACGAAAAAAAUAUUUGUAUGAAGGUUUCAUAUAAAAUUACAUGUGAAUUAUAUAAAUAUGUAUGUAUCAAAGCGGUAGUAACGGCUAGGUAAUAAAAUAAGAAGAUAGUGUUCCUAGCUUACAUUAUUCACCAUCUUAGCGUAUGUCGGAACGUACAAUAAACAUUAAAAAAAAACUAUUACAUAAUAAUAUGUGGCAACACUUUUAGUAAAAAUUGUUUGCAAGUCAUAAAAUAGCGUUUAAUCAGAUAAUAUAUUAAGUAAUUAAUAGAUUAAUGGAUUAAUCAGUUGAUUUGAUGAAUAAAAUGUCAAUUCAUGAUCUUCGAUAGACUACCAAACUUUUUUCUUUAUGGUCCGUUCCGAUACGCGCAAAGAGAACAUGGUUACGAAAAUACGUACGUCCGGUUAUAAAUUGAUAGAUAAUAAUCGCAUUUAAUGAUUUAUGGUCGUAUCGUUUCUGUUACCAAGGUCAUUAAUUUACAUUUACAAAAGUAUAAUAUUUAACUAUAAAACUCCCGUGAGACUCAGACAUAUUUAAAAAAAUAUUUUAAGCGGGUUACUCGCGUAUUAUGUCGAUAUAACGCUCGACAUAUUUCGCUCCGGAUGCGCGCCGCACUCUCAACGUGUAGAGGCGGGGUCCACUCUUGAAAAAGCUCCUCGGAAAUGGAGCGAAACAUGUCGAGCGUUAUAUCGACUUAAUACGUGAGUAACCCGCUUAAAAUAUUUUUAAGUAUAAUAUUUAUUUUACUUUAGUGAAUGUUGGUCUAUGGCCUGUGGGUAGGAGUUCCUAUUUACGGUUUUUCGGUAAAUUUUCUCUUUGGCAGCUAGAUUAAUACUUCAAAAUGACAUUUCUAAAAGAAGACGAAAGCUAACUUCAUAGUAAAUUUUACUUAUCUUUUUUUCCGUCAUGGCUUUUACUCGCUAAUGAGAAGGCACGCUGACUUUUUAUCCCGCCAGGAGGCGCCUGUGCAAGUAUCUAGGCAUGUCACUGUCAUUCAUAUGUGAGAGAGAGAAAAACAUAUCAUCUUCUCGCUCUCACGUAUGGACUAAUAGGGUGGCGCCAUCUGUCACCUUUGAGUGUGCCUCCUCAUUUAAGCAAGGUGAAUUUUGCCAAUGUCGAGGUAAAGACAUUUGACUUUUUUAAACGAUAGUGUUCGGUCUUGUGUCGUUAGCUUACGUCAAAAUGACAUUUGAAGUAACCAAGCGCCAUGACAGAAUAGCGGAGUUGCCAGUAGAUAAAAAGCUACCGAGCAUUAUUGCCAGUGCUAAAAUGUGCGGGAAAAUUUACCCUAAAACUAUCUUCAAGACAAUAGUUAACACGUAAGCUUUAAAAAAAUCAAUUGGUAUCAUUCCUUUCUUGCUCAAAUUAUUUUCCUGAUGGCAAUACUGAGUUGACAUAUCUAGACUUUGACAUAUCUAUCCUUUUGAACGUGUACAUAUAUUUAAUAAUCAUUCCUUCGUGUGAUUGUACUCACUAGACAUUUUGAUUUAAAAAAAUGAGCAAAAUCACACUUAAUUUUUAGAUUACCAUUAAUUUUGUGUAGACCAAACUUUCAGCCAGUUUUAUAUUUGAUUUAAUUUGUAUGUUUAAUUUAUUUAAUUAUUUUUUAAUCAGUGGAGUUCUAAGUUUACGGAGACUGAAUUAUGAUAGAGUUUCACAAUACAAAUAUUUCUGGGUUGGUGACAGUUUGUCAAAAAAAAAUCUAGCGUCCAUAAACUAGGACCAGUUUACAUCUAUAAUAAUAUUAUUAAAGUAAAUCUUUGUUAAAAAAAUCCUAUAAAGUUAUAGCACAAGAAAUAACUGCGCCGUCUCAGAUGUUUUUGUAUGGCAAUACUAUAAUUAAGACGAUUCUACAUACCAAAUCAGUGUGACCAGUUUUCGACUACAAUAACACAGUUUCAAGCCAAAUCUUUGUAUAAGUUAGCAUUAUAUGUAAAUAUUAAUUGAUAAUAAGAUGUUUAGAUGCUGGUACAUGUCUGACUGUCAUUUAAUAACUUAAUAAUUUAUUUCUCUCUAUAAUUGUUUUAUUUUAUUUGGCAACACUUGUGAUCAGUACUACCAACUGUAAGACUUUUAGAGCUAGUAGUGCGUAGCAUAAUGGCACAAACGCUCACAAAACGAAACGUUCGUAGAUAUCUAUCUCUAUCGCUCGUGCAUAUUGGCGCGACAGAGCCAGACUAUCUUUCCGUUUCGUUUCUGUUUCGCGUCGCAGAAAUGCCAUUCGGCUACGGCACCAGAUGUAAAAAAAAGUGUGAUGAUUAAAAAGAAUCUAACUCGUCAGUACUGGCCAUAAAACGGUUGUCAAAAUUACUAAACUUUAUUUAUCUUCGAUUUUCUCGUUGUUAGGAUCUAAACUUCUUCGUUUUCCUUCAUUUGGACAUGUACCACCAUCGUGUGACCAAGGCUUUUCCUAUGUACAGACUUCAAAAUAUAAUUUAAGGCUACUAUAGACUUUGCGAUUUCGAUUCAAUCAUUCAAAUGCCACAGUAUUAGAAAUUAUUUAUGUCGUUUGGAGAAGCCACGUGCAGUCAACUAAGCCAUUGGAUUUGCAUCCUUGUACAGAAGGUAUUAAAUAUAGUUGCGGAGAAAGUUUCUAAAAUAUGUAUACACAACAGGCGUCUCGGCGUCUUUUUUGUCGCACGCAUCUAAUCUAUGAGUUAGUAUGAAAGUGCGCACACCUGCUGUGUGUACACAUUCAUAGUAGGGCCAUAAAAUAGAUAUAUGGGACCAAAAAAGUUAUGUAAACAUAUUUUUGGCACCAUCCGCAUCUAUAAUUAUUCCUGACUGACUGUAUACAUGUUCAAAGGGGUGCUAAGCUGUUUUACUGAGAUUAGCUUAUUUGUUGACUGUACUAGGGAGUAACAAUCUUGCUUUACAUUUUAACUGCCGUAAUCCGAUAUACAAUUUACACCACAGUCAACAAAUUGAAGCCUAGGCCACUGUAGAACCUUUUCACAGUAAACGUGAAAGUGGCUUCUAUAGACAAUAAAGCACAGUGUCAAUAAGACAGGGUUCUAGAGUGGCUUAGGAAAUUCUUUUUUUUUUUUUUUUUUUCAUUUCGCCGAAGUUUCAUAAAUAAGACUUCUAGCUGUGGGCAAAGCGAGCAUGCUGCAUGCAAUAUUAUGAGCGGUUAAAAGGUUAAGGCAUUUUUAUUUAAGACUGAUGACAUAUGGAAAAAAUCUAGCUUUUUUUGUUAUUUGGAAGUUUGUGCACUAGAAAACCUCGGUGUAUGUGAUAUGAUUAUUUAGGGCUCUCGCCUGUACAGCUAUCGUCUAGUCGUUAGUCUAUUUAUUUUUACGUUCUUGCUACGAUGUUGGUUAGAUUAAGUUUUCGAAUAAAAAUGAUUAUUGAACA